GAAAAGGUUUCCAGAAUGACCCGGAUGUGUAUACAAAGCCCAAAUAUUUUGCGCGAAAACCGGAGCCGGGAAGAAUUCCUGUAUUUUUAUUUUAUUUUUUUUAUAAUAAACAGUUGACUAAAUUGAGUUAUUUUUCCUCCAGCUCAGCAUGGAUGAAUAUGAUGAAAUGUACGGGAUUGAGGAUGAUUUUGAACAACAGUUUGCAGACGAACUGGAGGUGAUGGCAGAAAUGGAGCGCGAGUCUCCUCGUAACGUGAAGGUGUCGGAGCUCAGAAGCAAGAAGCAGACGUUUGAGGAAGCUCUCACAUCCGCCGACUCGGCUUUACCCGACGCUCCGGAGCGCGAGGAGGACGAGUCGCUGAGUGAGUCGCUGAGUGAGUCGCUGACGCCUAAAGCGAAGAAACGGAAACAGGACGUCGUCAAAAAGCUCCAUUUCGAAGCGGCACAUGAGGAAGAUGAUGAUGAAGAUGAUGGUAAUGAUGACAUCACUCCUCAGAGGUCAGAGAAGACGAGGUCGGGGUUUUCUCUCUCUCUCUCCCCCGACAGAUCCGUAGCCGCCGGUCCGCUCAGUGUGUUGGACAUCAGCGGUCUGGAAGUGCUGCAGGAAUCUCCGAAGAGAGCCGCGGCGCCGCGCCACGCACUGAAACGUCCUCCAGCGAGCGGAGACUUCAUCACCGUCACCGACUGCACGGGCAACCGAGUGUAUCUGCGCAAGAACCAGGACCAGGACCAGCAGACGCCGGAUCCGAGAUUUUUCAGAAAUUCCCAGAAUGCACUGGGGCUGCUGGCUGUUCCUGUCGAGGUUCUCAAAGAGCAAGUGUCAGAAAGACGUCAUCGUCAGCUGGUGGAGGAAUCACAGAGAUUAACAGAACUCCUCAACAGUGGUAUAGAUCCUGAACUUCUUGUGGAUGAAGUGCCAGAGGACACUGAAGAUGAAAACGCUAACGCGUCUGAUGAAAGCUCCGUCUCUCGGCUGUGGGUGGAUCGCUUCGCUCCUCAGCAUUAUAUGGAGCUCCUGAGUGAUGAUUUCACUAAUCGCUGUUUGUUGAAAUGGCUGAAACUUUGGGACUCGGUGGUUUUUGGGAGAGAGAGAAAGCCGCGCCCGCCCACAGCCGAGUCCAGAGCGAACAGCACCAGCGCUCAGAACCAGAACCAGAACCAGAACCAGAACCAGCGCUUUAAAACAAAAAGCCAGAUCACUGAGGAGAUCCUGGAGGCGGAGCUGGACCAGUACAAACGACCCAAACUCAAGGUUGCGCUCCUGUCUGGACCUCCUGGAUUAGGAAAGACGACAUUAGCGCACAUCAUUGCUAAACAUGCGGGAUAUAAUGUGGUCGAGAUCAAUGCCAGUGAUGAUCGCAGUGCAGAGCUGUUUCAGAAGCGUAUCGACACGGCCACACAGAUGAAGUCGGUCCUGGGAGCCAACGAGAAACCAAACUGCCUCAUCAUCGACGAAAUAGAUGGAGCUCCAGCAGCUGCCAUCAGCGUGCUGUUAGCGACCGUGAACAGGAAGGAUAGUCGAGAAGGAGAAGACUCCACCUCAAACCCCUUGAAGAAAAAGAAGAAGAAAGAGUCUGUUUUGCUUCGGCCCAUCAUCUGCAUCUGUAAUGACCUUUACACUCCAGCUCUGAGGCCGCUGAGGCAGCAAGCGUUUUUGUUGACGUUUCCUCCGACGCAGCAGUCUCGCCUCACACAGAGACUGGCAGAGAUCACACGUCGACAGGGUAUGAAGGCAGACACGGGCUCUCUGAUGGCCUUGUGUGAGAAGACGGACAACGACAUCCGUGCGUGCAUCAACACGCUACAGUUUUUACACGGCCGCGGUCAGAGACAGUUGGAUCAGCGUGUGGUGAAUUCAAUGAGCAUCGGCUUAAAGGACCAGAACAAGGGACUGUUUUCAGUGUGGCAGGAAAUAUUUCAGCUUCCUCGACUGAAAAGGAAACGGAUUGGUGGAGAUCCGUUCGGAGGUUUUGAGGAGGCGGGGCUUAAAGACCGCAGCCAGAGACUUCAGCACAUCCUUCACCUGGCCUCGUCCAGCGGAGAGCACGAGAAACUCACUCAGGGUUUGUAUGAUAAUUUCCUCAGUAUGAAGCUGAAGGAUCCGAGUCUGACGGGUGUGUGUUCAGGAAUGGACUGGCUCUGUUUCUCUGAUCUGGUGAACGAGUGUGUGUUACACGGGCAGAAUUACUCGCUCAUGCGCUACCUGCCCUUCCUCCCCGCUGCGUUCCAUCACCUGUUCGCUGCUAACUCCGUCCCGCGCAUCAGUUACCCCAACAGCCACUACGAGAGUCUUACGAAGACCCAGCACACUAAGAACGCCCUGGUUGCCAUGUUGGCCGAGAUCCCUCCUUCCAUACGGAGCCGUGUCUGCCAGAAUAACCUGUGUUUAGAUGUUCUGAGUCUUUUACUGGAGCUCAUCUGCCCCAAACUACGGCCGGUUAAUCCUCAGCUGUACAGUACGAGGGAGAAGCAGCAGCUCUGUGAGCUCAUCGAUACGAUGAUUAACUACAACCUGACCUACAGACAGGAACGCACAGCCGAGGGGCAGUACACCUACAUCCUGGAACCGAACAUAGAGGACGUGGUGCGGUUUCCUGGUCUGCCCCCCCGGAGACAGCUGACCUAUCAGGUGAAGCAGCUGAUCGCCAGGGAGACGGAUCUGGAGAGGAUGAGGAGGGUGGAGCGGGCGCAGCAGAGACACAACCCUCAGAAGAUGGAGAAGGUUGAGGAAGUGAAGGAGGUAAAGAAACCUCAGGCCAAGAAGCAGGUGAGCAGGAACCAUCAGCAGAGGCUGGAGAACAUCGUCAAGGAGGCGGUGGUGGAGAGUAAGCCUGAAAUGGAUUUCUUUGGACGAGCCGUUGUUCCUAAAGAGAAACCGGCUGCUAACUCAGAAACAGACGAAGACGGAAAAUCGAGCGGCAGCUUGCAGAUCGGUAAAGCUGUAGGGAACAGUGACGUCUGGUUCCGGUUUAACGAAGGAGUUUCGAAUGCAGUGCGCAGAAAUGUCUACAUUAGAGAGCUGCUGUGA